UGAUAAGGGAUAGCCGCUUCUCGGUACUAUGUACACUAAAACUUCACUGCUAUCUAACACAGCACACACAAACACACUUGUAGGUCGGCGCACACACACCGCGGUGGAUUGAAACUGCUAACAUGUCGUCCGGAGUAACACAAACUGUUCCCAUGCCAGGAAAGCCUUACCCGACUGUAGGGCUGGGCACCUUUACUAUAUUUGAGAAAACUGGUUACGGCGACGAAGUGUGCAAUGCGGUCAAGGUCGCCAUUUCAGAAGGUUACCGACACGUGGACUGUGCGUACGUUUACGGUAACGAGAAGGCAGUGGGGGAUGGUAUAAAGGCGAAAAUCGACGACGGAACCAUUACCCGGAACGACAUUUAUAUUACCACAAAGCUAUGGGAUACACACCACAACCCCGACCACGUGGAGGGUGCUCUGAAGAAGUCAUUGCGCGAUCUCCAGACUGACUAUGUUGACCUGUACCUCGUCCACUGGCCAUUUGCGUUCAAGGAUGGAGAUGACCUAUUUCCAAAAGACACUGAUGGAAACGUUGUCUUCGCUGACCACGAUUAUGUUGAUACCUGGAAGGCGAUGGAGAAACUGGUUGGAGCUGGACUAACUAAGGCCAUAGGAAUCUCCAACUUUAACAAAAAACAGAUAGAGAGGGUGUUAGAGGUAGCUACGGUAAAGCCAACAAAUAUACAGAUUGAAAUCCACCCGUAUUUCCUGAAUGAGAAGCUGGUUGCUUUCUGUAAACAAAACGGGAUGACCGUCACAGCUUACGCCCCCUUGGCGAACCCUAGCAGAACAUGGAAGAGCGCCGACGAGCCCAUAGUAUUUGACGAGCAGGUUCUGAAAGACAUUGCAUCCAAGAAAGGAAAAUCUAUCGCUCAGGUGGUGCUAAGGUUUCACUUACAGAGAGGUAUCGUUGUGAUACCCAAGAGUAUAACUCCGGCCAGAAUCAAGGAAAACUUACAGCUCUAUGACUUUGAUCUGUCUGAAUCCGAAAUGCAGCUAAUAGCUGGAUUAAAUAGAGAUUUGCGUUUUUACCAAGAAGGGAUAGCAAGCAGCCACAAAUACUACGCUUUCCACGACGAGUACUGAAACACUCUCGGUAAAACAGAUGCCAAUGCACACAAGCAUCACGAUACAGAGUUUGUGUGAUAUGUUGAUUCGUUUACAAGUCGAUGACGUCAUUUCGAUUACAUUUUGUUUACGUCAUUGAUAGCUGAACCAUUCCAUUCGUGUAGAGUAGACUUAAUCACUUUAGAAACAGGAACGGUUUCAUCUCGAACGGUGUAUGUUUCACAGUUUGUUACACAUCUAAUAAACAUACAAUACAUAUGUACAGAG